AUGGGGUUGUUCCAGAAGAACCUGCAUUCGGACUACCCAGCUCAUUCGGAAUACCAGCUCUCGGGGAUAAUCCUAAAUCGAGAGGAGUUCGAAAAGGAUGAUGAGUUGGAAACCGAUCUGGAGGCUUUUGCAGAGCUCAAAGAAGACAGCAUAGGCCUCAGCAAGGUUGACGGUAAUUGGGAGAGUCAUUCCAAGCAAAGUUUCCAUGACCCGGAGGCCCUCGAGGACGGCGAAUCGGAUGAAACGGACCUUAGGUCGCGUCUCGAAGCUGGGUUUGUGAGAGGGGAGCAUGGGAACAAGUUCCUCCCGGCCAAAGAGCUCGACAAGCUGUUGACGGAACAGGUCAUCAAACGGACGAUUCUAGCAACCCAUCUUGAGAGCCCUAUCCUGGCCGAGAUUCUAAGCGCAACUCGCCCCGGAGUUUCUUCUUCGCAUUCCCUGAGGAAAACAUUCGCCGUUCUGACACUCCUAGACAGACCUGGCGAUAUCUCGCAGUUUCUGUCCAACGAGCUUAGGGAUGCGAGCCUUCCGUUAUCAGAGAAAUUGCUAAAGGAGGUCUGGCCGGGGGAUGUCGAGGCGGCGGCGGAGUUUGAGGAGAUGCAAUGGCAGGUCCUAGCCCCCGUCUUCAAAACCAGCUCGGGGGAUUCACCCAGAGUAUACCACUAUUCACUGGACGACAGGACCAUCCUCCCCUUUUAUUCAGAUGAUGGCGACGCUCCCAUUCAAGGAGGCUACGGAAAAGUACACAAAGUUAAGAUUCACGAGUCGCAUGUGUCUCCCAAUUUCUUAGCCUCCGGCGUCAAGGACGGUUUGUUUGCACUCAAGAAGCUCCACAAGAGCCCAGGGAAUGAUCGGGCCUUUGCCCGCGAGCGCUCGUCUCUUAGACGAUUCAGCGGCCUUGGGGCCAAAGACAACUCACACGUGAUCAAGCUACUCGCAACCUUCGAGGACAAGGACACAUAUUCUUUCCUUUUUCCCUGGGCAGAAAAAGACCUGGCCGGAUACUGGCAGUCCGAGCCAACCGAACGCCAUUCCGGCGCCACUCUGACAUGGAUUGCAGAGCAGUGUCUGGGUCUUGCUAAAGGCUUGCAGUCCAUCCAUGGCCUAAAUGGCCGUCACGGGGACAUCAAGCCCGAAAACAUUCUAUGGGUUUCCGGGGAUGCUAAAGCCGGCUCCGCCCAGUCAGGUGGUACUUUGAUGAUUUCGGAUUUCGGACUUGCUCGAUGGCAUAAGGGGCAGUCCAGGUCAAUACGACCGCAGAAGCUUUCCGGUACCCCGACCUACAGGCCCCCAGAGUGCGAUUUAACCGAUGAGCCCAUCUCAGAUGCCUGGGAUACCUGGUCUCUAGGAUGUGUCUUGCUCGAAUUCAUCACAUGGUACGUGUUGGGAUCUCAAGGGGUUCUGGCCGAUUUUCCCAGGGCUCGCACCCAGACCUUGUCCGUGGGACAGCCUCGAGAUAUACUAGACGAUUCUUUCUUCACGCUACAGAAUCAAGAGGGCAAGGUUUCUCUCAUGAAGUCCAAUCUGAAGCCGUCGGUUAAAAAUCAAUUCCAAAACCUUCGUCAGCACCCAUUUUGUUCCAAGUUCAUCAGCGAUUUCCUCGACCUGAUCGAGUUCGGAAUGCUGGAAACAUUACCGGAAAAGCGCUUCGAUUCCUCGUAUUGUGUCCAGGUGUUGGAGCCGCUGCGCUUGAACUUGGACCUCGACCACAAUUACGGAAAGCCACAAAGCGCCAUUACAUUGGAGAUGCCGCCACUGACAGGAGGGAACCGCCAACGGGAGUUCGUUAACCCUGAGCAGACGGAAGGCCCUCCCGGCUUCGCUGUAGCGGAAGACACGGAUCGACUCGACUUUACCUUGCACGAAACAACCCCCUCGGAGAAGCUAGGAUCUCGCUUUGAUACCUUUAGAAGAUGGCUUGAUAGGCAGGUUGGCGCCGAAGUUGACUGGUGGCCCCUCCCGCGAGUACAUCAAGAACUUCCACCAGGCCAUAUGAGGCUUUCCUGGGUUUAUGGCGGACAGCAAAUGUCCAUAACCCUCGACCCAGACAGCGCCAGACGUUGGCGUAAUGGCUCGACCAGGGGCACGACUGGAAGCACGCCUAUCCUGCCGUCCUGGGGAACUGGAACCCCCUCAACCAGCACACCCACCAGUGAAAAGCCGCCCCCCUCAACAGCCACAACAAUCCAUCACCACCUAGCGGCGCUCUGGAACUGGACAUCCCGAAAACCUCCAAACCCCAGCCCCAAACCCCCUCCCACCCCUCCCCCCGCACCAACCUUUUGGCGCGAAUCCUACCUCUGCGCCGACCGCAGCUGGACCAGCGCCCCGGAAACCAAGCUCAGCACGCUCUCCACCAUCGACAGCAUGGCCGACGACCACGCCCUCUUCACGGAAGCACGCCGCGUCCUCAACCUCGCCCAAGGCAACCGCCUGCAGCGCUUCUUCUCCUGGCGCGCCUACACGCGCGUGCAGCUCUCCCAGUUCCACUUCCUCUUCGACAACAGCGACUACGUCAAGACCUUUUCCUACCCCACACUCACCAACCCCAACAUGGCCAUCUGCGCCGGCUACGAAUUCACCACCCCCCACCACCACCACCACACCGUCCCCAUCCCCACCGACAUCCACAUGCAAAUCAUCGCCGAGACCAUCCUCCAAGGCCUGCGCCACCCCACCCUCGGCCGCAACCAACGCACCGUGCUGGGGGGCAUGCCGAAGCGGCGGGCGCCGCCGGGGCUGCGGAAGCAGGCGCUGGCGUCAGGGUGGGGGUUCCAUGCGGGGCGGGGUCCGUGUGUGGUGAGGAUGGGGGCGUGGGUGGUGGGUGUGGUGGGGAUGGGGUUGGUGUUUGUGCCGGUGUGGUUGGGUAGGGUGAGUGAGGUGGAUUUGCAGGGGGCGUUGGCGCCGGGGGGUUUCUUGGUGACGGUGUUGGGGGUGGUGGUGGCGUUGGCGUGUCUUGUGAGGGAGGGGGGAGGGGGUUGA